CCGGGACCUGCCGAGGGGCGUUCUCCCGAGGGCCGCCGGCGCCGGCCGCAGUGACAGGGCCGCUCGCCCGGCGCCCCCGCCCCGCUCCCGGCGCCGCGUCCGCUUGCGGCCUCCGCGACCUGCAGACCCAACAUGGCGCAGGAGGUGUCGGAGUACCUGGGCCAGAACCCGCGGGCGGCCGCCUGGGUGGAGGCGCUGCGCGGCGACGGCGAGACGGACAAACACUGGCGCCACCGCCGGGAGUUCCUGCUCCGCAAUGCCGGGGACCUGGCCCCCGCCGGCGGCGAGGCGCCCGCGACCCCCACGACCGCGGAGGAAGCUGCCGACGCCGAGAGCGGCCCCCGCCGGCGGCAGCUGCAGCAGCUCAUCUCCUUCUCCAUGGCCUGGGCCAACCACGUCUUCCUCGGGUGCCGGUACCCCCCAAAAGUUAUGGACAAAAUACUUAGUAUGGCCGAAGGCAUCAAAGUGACAGAUGCUCCAAUCCAUACCACACGAGACGAACUGGUUGCCAAGGUGAAGAAAAGAGGGAUAUCAAGUAGCAAUGAAGGGGUAGAAGAGCCAACGAAAAAACGAGUUAUAGAAGGAAAUAAUUCUGCAGUUGAGCAAGAUCAUGCAGAAAUUUCUGCCAAAACAGAACAUGCAUCAGCUCAGCAGGAAAACAGCUCGGUGUGUACGGAGUCAUCUGCCAAAUCAGAGAGUGGUGGGAACUCCACUCGGAGCUCUGGCACCUCCGAUCAGAGUAGCUCGACAAGUGAUGGCGAUCGGUCUGCUUCCAGCCAGAGCAGCAUUUCCUCUCAGGUAACAGCAGCAGGGUCUGGAAAGGCUUCUGAGCCAGAAGCCCCAGAUAAACAGGGUGCAGCGUCGAUUGUUUCUUCCUUGUUGAAAUCCAGUGUGAAUAGUCAUGUGACCCAGUCCCCUGAUUCCAGUCAACAAAGUGGAUCACCUAAAAAGAGCGCUCUGGAAGGCUCUUCCGUCUCAGCUUCUCCAAGCAUCUCCGAGGUUGAGGUGCCCUUGUUGGGCUCCUCGGGAAGCGCAGAAGAAAUAGAGUUGCCACUGUUGUCUUCUAAACCUAGUUCAGAGACAGCUUCAGGUGGGUUAACUCCCAAAACCAGUUCAGAGGCAAAUGUUUCAUCGUCGGUUUCGAAAAACAGUUCCUCAUCAGGCACAUCCUUACUAACUCCCAAGAGCAGCACAUCAGUAACUACGUCAAUGCUGACUUCCAAAAGCACUUCGCAGGUAGCUGCAUCGCUAUUAGCUUCUAAGAACAGCCCACAGACCAGUGGGUCUCUCGUUUCCAAAAGCACUUCGUUGGCAGGUGUGUCCCAACUGGCUUCUAAGAGUAGUUCUCAGACUAGCACAUCCCAGUUGCCUUCUAAAAGUACUUCCCAGUCUAGUGAGAGUUCUGUCAGAUUCUCUUGUUGCAAGUUAACCAAUGAAGAUGUGAAACAGAAGCAACCUUUUUUCAAUCGACUGUAUAAAACAGUGGCAUGGAAGUUGGUAGCUGUUGGUGGCUUUAGUCCCAAUGUGAAUCACGGAGAGCUCUUAAACGCAGCUAUUGAGGCUCUGAAAGCAACACUGGAUGUGUUUUUUGUCCCGCUAAAAGAACUGGCAGAUCUGCCUCAGAGUAAGAGCUCUCAAGAAAGUAUUGUUUGUGAACUGAGAUGCAAGUCUGUGUAUUUGGGCACUGGAUGUGGAAAAAGCAAAGAAAAUGCAAAAGCAGUGGCAUCAAGAGAAGCAUUGAAGGUAUUUCUCAAGAAAAAGGUGGUAGUAAAAAUAUGUAAAAGGAAGUACAGAGGCAGUGAAAUAGAAGACCUAGUGCUCCUCGAUGAAGAAUCAAGGCCUGUCAACUUACCUCCAGCAUUGAAACAUCCUCAAGAAUUACUAUAAUACAUGCAAAGUAUCACCGCAUACAGUAUCUGGUAUUGGAAGAGAAAAACUGACUUUUGUAUAAUAUAAACACAGGCUUUCACAAAUUUUGUAUUGCUUUUUUCCAGUUUUGCAGAAAAUUUACAUUCUAGUUCUCUUCACACAGUAGAAGUUGUAAAUAACUUAUGAAUGACAGUACACAUUAAAAGAUAAGCAAUAACAGCAUACCAGUAUGCUGUUUUAUUUGCUGAGGGAAAUACUGUCUUCUAUUUUUAAUGAUGCAUUAGGUACGGUGUGUAGUUCUGUAGAGUCUUAAAACUUUUGUACUGCUUUUGAUUUGGUGAGAAUAUAUUGUCUACCAUGCUUUUUUUUCCCCCCUAGUGUAAUAAACCUCCCACAUCAAGAAAAGGGGACCAUAGUAUUUGAAAGUCUGAAGCUUAAGGUUUUAAGAAUGUUGCCCAUAAUGUUGAACGUGUCUGUUAAAUAAUAAAAGGAAAAAUAGUUGCCUCAGACUAUUUUUAUGAGGAGUUGUAAGCAUUUUUUUAGAUAUAAAGUACUUAAGGUUAUUUUAUUCUGAGGUUGUUUAAAAUUCAUGCUUUUGACCACUGCAGAUUCUUUAAGUGGGUUAAUAAUUUAUGUUUUGAGGUAAAAUACAAUUUACACUUUUUCUUAAGACAUAAAUGUGGGUUUCUAUAUUAAACAUAUUUUGUGACUACUGCUAUUAACAGAUUGAUUUGUUUAGAUAUUAAAUGCUUUAAGCUAUUUUACCUUUUCAA